AUGGCAAUAUUUUGCCUCUGGCGUUCUGGGGGGACCAGCACCUUUAAGUGCGAUGAUGUUCGUUGUGGGGGUUGGGGGUGCACGAAAUGUCACAACCCAACCCGGACUGAUCCGAAAACGUCUAACCAGAAGCUUAUUUCAACCAGCGGCGCCCGAGAUCUCGGCCAACGUUGGGCUAUCGGCAAUACCAGUAGGCCAUCUCCGAAAGCUAGUAUCAUAGGCAUCCACGAACACAGACAGUUCCUUGGGCAAGAGUCACGUGCUGCCGCAGUGAGGUGUGAUAUCAAUGCAGAAAUUUCAGAAAACCAAGACACACACCCCUCGCGAUAUUAAGAUAGCGAUAAUUUUGAAUCCUAUGCAUGACACCGGUCGGAUAAAUGACUUGUACCGUACUAGUACUCGUACUGUACCUGUAUUGCGCUCGCAGGAUUUGUGUGCGGCAAGUAGCCGGUCGCGGGAAAUUGGAUCAGGACAUCAAACGCAUCUUCGUUUCCAAAGGGUGGGACUGUUUGUGGCGAUCACCCGGUGCUCUCCCUUGUUUGUUCUCU